GAACCUUCAGGCCCCGUUUUCGCCAUGGCGGAGCGACGCGGGAGCUGGGGGGCCCGCCUGAUGCGCCGCCUGGUGCGACUAAAGGCCUGGAGGGAGUGCAGGGGGAAGCGGAGCCCGCAGGAGCCCGGAGGCCGGGAUAGGUCUUGGGGUGGCCAGAGCUGCCCUGACUUGGCUCAGGGUCAGGGCAGCACCAGCCAUGCCAGCCUCAAGGUCCAGGUCCAGAGUCGCUCAGAAUGGGACCUUCUGGCAGGAAGUUGUGGUUCCUGGUUCUGGAGGCAACAGCACAGCUCAGGGGCCCCAACAGCUCAGGGCUUGGGGCGUCUGCAGAGGCCAGCAGUGGGCAGUGCCUCAGACCUGGCCAGCUAUCCCUCCUUGGAGCUGAAGAACCUGUUGGUGGGCUCUGCAGAGCCUGCUGGUGCCAGGUACACCUCAUGCCUCAUGCCAACUCUAGCACAUUGGGAACAGCCCCCUUCACAAACUGUCCAUGUGGCCCAAAAAAUCCCUCUAAGGCCUGAGCCACCCAACAACCUGGAAGAGGAGCUGCCCCGCCCUGUGCCCUUGCCUACGGCUGCCCGGUCAAAGGGCGAACCUGCCUCCCCACAGCCAGCCCAGCCUCGGCAUGAGCGUCCCUCUACCAGAAGGACCCGCUACCACAUCACCGUCACCCUGCAGGGGCUGGAGCAGGCACCCAGGGAGGAGGCUAAGGAGCCCAAACCGGCCCAACCAGCUUGCCACCCCUGCGGCCCUGAGGAAUCCAGGGGCUGGCUGGAGCCUCCCCAGAGGCCCUGCCCCAUCACGGGGUACUCAGCAGACACGCCCCAGGAGCCUGGGCUGAGAGUCCCUCUGCAUCUAGGAAGCACGGGACCGGAGCUCCAGGCCAGCUGGACACCUGGGUGCCCACACAGCCGGGAGCCAAGAACACCUCAGGGCAGGUGGUCAGUGCCCACCAUGGAGGAGGCAGGUGGGCCCACAACUCAGGCUGAGGCCCGGGUGGUAAGUGCCACACUGACGUGGCGGCAGCGGCCCCCUGCCCAGGAAGAGACCAGACAUCAUUUUCAUAAGGUGUCUCUGGUGUCAGGGUCUCGAAUGGAAGCCUCCCGGGAGGAUCUGCUCAGUCAUCGCCGAGAGGAAGUAAAUGGCUUUGCUGCAGUUCAAGAAGAGGCACUGACUUCCCAGGACCCUUGGGAUGGGACCAGCUCCAAGAACUUCCAGAGCCAUGGGCCCAUCUUUUCUAAGAAAUACACACCACCCCCCAAAGAGAAAAGGGUGCUGGGGAGAUGGAAGGAGGCUUCGGAUCAGGCUGAUGGCCACCCCCAAGACCCCAGGACAGAGACCCCAGGUCUGGGCAUCUCAGCCAGCACUGAGCUUUUGGUGCCCCAGCCAGGGCCCCGAGAACCAAGCCCCCACCCAGGGGUGAGUCUCCUCAGUGUGAGCCGCCGUGAGGAACGGCGGGUGAUGCGUACUGUGCGGACCACUGUGGUGAUGGGUGGACAAGUGCACCGACGGGUGAACAGCUCUGUGACCCUGGGGCCAGCAACAGUGGCGGCUGAGAGCCUGCCGAGAGGCCGAAAUACUACCCGCACUAUCCGGGCCAGGGUGGUGAGCCCCGAGCUGGAGGGCUCGCCCAGCCGCAGUCAGGCUCUGGAGCUACUAAGUAGCCUUGUGCCCUCUGAGGGUGGCUCAGCUGCCAGCCGGCUUCCCAGACUCAUGGCUGUUGUGCCAAGGAGUCCAGGUCCAGGAGAUACAACUGGUGCUGUCUUGGGUCAGUUGCCUGAGACGGGGACCUCGGAGCAAAAGGACAGAUCUCUCCUGACCCCUGUAGGUGUUCUGGAGGACAUUCGCCUGCCUCACAGCCAUAAUGUCCCUGCAGCUGGCACAGGCCAGGGCAGAGCAUUAGGUGCCAGGGCCCAGGAGGCCCCAGGAGUGCAGAGAGCCUCUAGCACCCUCCAGCUCCCUCUCCAGGCUUCUCAGGACCAUGUGUCAGUACCCUCCUCACCCAGACUUCAGACCCGUUCCCCCUCUCUGGGCCUGGUCCAGGCCCCAGAACAGCAGCUUGUGGCACCCACUCACCCUAGAACCCAGCUUACUGUUGAGUCCAGGAGAUCCUGGAGCUUGCCCUCUGUAAAAGGGGAAGAGCUCAUAGGUUCCUCUGUUGCCACUAUUGUGCCUGCAGUGAGGGUUGAGGUUGUUACAGAUGCUGGGCAACCUCUUUAUCCCUCUUCUACAGGGAGCAAGGCUGUCCCUGGCCCAGGAAGUCUUUCUGCUCCACACUCCCCAAGGAAUAAGGCUGUUCAGGACUCUGGAAAUUUCCCCAUCUUCUCCCUUACCCAAAAAGAGGUUGUUCAGGCUCCUGUUGUUCCUCUUCUCACCUCCUCAGUAGACAAGGUGUCUCCAAAUCCAGCAGGCCCCUCUGUACUAGAGCCAAUGGGAUCAGAGCCCAGCCUGGCACCCCAGGUUGUCCCUGACUCCACAGAGGGCAAGACAUCCCUGGAGCUACCAGAGCAGGAGAAGGAAGUCGUGGUGGCAACUGAUCCAGAGAUUUCCCCAGUUACCCUUCCUGGUGUUCUUGCUGCCUCAUCUCCUAAACUAGCCAUGGUUUCCCAGGGCCCAGAAGGCAGCCAUAGCACCAAAAAAGAGGCUGUCCGGGCUACUGAAGGCAGCCUGGCCCCUUCUUCCAACAAGGAAGAGACUGUUGAAGGACUUCCUGCUUCUACACUUCCACCCUCUGAACAGGAGAAGCCUGCCCAGGGCUCUUCUCCCACUAAGAAGGUGGUAGUCCAGGGUCCUGUUGUCCCCCCUACCCCCUCCUAUUCAGUGGACAAGGUGUCUCUGGGCCCAGGAGGCUCCUCUGCUCCAGAGCUGAUGGGAACAGAGACCAGCCUGGGGCCCCAGCUUGUUUCUGACUCCACCAAGGUCAAGGUGCCACCAGAGCCAUCAAGGGAGGAGGAAGAGUUGUCUCUGGCUGCUGACUUGGAGAUUUUUCUGGACACCCUGCGUAGCAUGGAGCCCCCAGAAAUCCUACGCACCCACCGGCUUCCAAGAGCCCCCCGCUCUUCCUACCUGGCCAUGUAUGCCACACUGCCUGCCAUCGAGGAGGACCAACCUGGGCCAUGGGUGCUGGAACCCAGCCCCCAGGAGGUGCCUACCCUGGAAGAGAAGAGAGAGGAGAAGGAGCAGAAGGAGAAUGAGGAGGAUGAGGAGGAUGAGGAAGAUGAGGAGGAGGAACCAGAGAAUCCCUACCUAAGUGAUGACGAGAAGCUGCAGCACAAACAAGAGAAAGUUGAGCCCAGCCUUCCCUGGGACUCUCACCCUUCCAAGCUCCCCCAGAUCUCCAGCUCUCCUCUGGAGAUGAUGAAGAAGCAUGUGGCAGGUGCCCAGGGCCACCAGCCAGAGUUGGGGCUGGAGUGGCAGGCAGGCAGCAAGCCUGCUUCCCGUCUUGGAGGCAGCCUUCUCUUUGGUGGUUUGAUGCAUGCCACCAAGGAGGCCCGCACUGUGGAACCACUGGGCACAAAGCUCUCUGCUCUGCCACCUCACAAGACACCAGGGCUCAGGAAGGUGCCUGGACAGCUGCCGCUGCUUUACAAUGAGAGGCCACCAGCUGAGAAAACCGAAUCUGCCAGGCCCCUGGAGGGGUGGAGCCCAGCAUUAAAGACUCAAAGCAAGCUGAACACCAGGCCUGGCAAGAUAGUACUCUUCUCAGAGCCCGGCUGCCAAGGCAGCCUCAGGGAGGUCUGUGAAGAUGUUGCUGAUGCUUCUGCCUGGGCUGCUGUGGCUUCCGCAAGAGUGGUCCGAGGCUGCUGGCUGCUUUAUGAAGAGCCUGAAUUCCAGGGCCAGAAGCUGGUCCUGACUGAAGGAGAUGCAGAACUUGGAGUCCCAGGGUCAGAGUGGAGCACCCAAGGCAUUGGCUCUCUAAGGAGGGUUGUCCGGGACUACAUAACCCCCCAGAUCAGUCUGUACUCUGAGGAGGGCCUCAAGGGGGAGCAAGAAAAGCUGACUGAGGCCUUGGAGGAUGCCCAGCGGCUGGAGAGGCCCCUGCAGGUGGCAUCUGUCUCUGUUUCUGCAGGACUAUGGCUGCUGUUCUCCAAGCCCUUCUUUGAAGGCAUACCCAGCAUCUUGGAGCCUGGAGAAUACCCCACCUCAGAGGCCUGGAGUACAUCACACCCCAGCGUAGGCUCCCUGAAGCCCGUGACAUUGGGCUGCCCAAAUGUGGAAAAGCCAGGGGAACCCAAGGCAGUGGUGUAUGAGGCCCCAGGCUUUCAGGGCCAGAGCUGGGAAGUCAGCAGAGAUAUCUACAACCUCCAGCAGCCAGAGGACAGUCAGAGCCCCCACCUGGCAUCCGUGGGGUCUCUGCGAAUUCUUGGGGGCUGCUGGGUGGGCUACGAGAAGGAGGGCUUCCGCGGCCACCAGUAUUUGUUGGAGGAGGGGGAAUACACAGACUGGUCGCACUGGGGAGGCUAUGAUGAGGCGCUCAUCUCUCUGCGGGUCAUCCGGACGGACUUCGGGGACCCGGCAGUAGUGCUUUUUGAAGCCAUGGACUUCGAGGGGCACAGCAUCGAGGUGAGCGAGGCAUUGCCGGACGUGGAGCUCAAGGGACACGGCCCACACACGCAGGCUAUCCACGUGCUCAGCGGCGUGUGGGUGGCAUAUGGGGAGGUGGGCUUCUCAGGGGAGCAGUACGUGCUGGAGAAGGGCGUUUACCGAAACUGUGACGACUGGGGCUCUGGCAACAGCGCCCUCGCCUCGCUGCAGCCGGUCCUGCAGGUCGGAGAGCACAAUCUGCACUUUGUAUCCAAGAUACAGCUUUUCUCUGGACCCGAUUUCCUGGGAGACCACAUCUCUUUCGAGGAUGACCAGGCCUCUCUGCCCAUCUCCUUCCAGCCGCAGUCAUGCCGUGUCCAUGGCGGCAGCUGGAUCCUGUUUGAUGAGAAGAACUUUGAGGGUGACCAGCACAUUCUCUCUGAAGGUGAAUUCCCCACUCUCACAGCCAUGGGAUGCCUUGCCUCCACAGUCCUGGGUUCACUCCAGAAGGUACCGCUGCACUUUUCAGAGGCCUCUAUCUUCUUGUAUGGACUGGAAUGCUUUGAGGGCAAGGAGAUUGAGCUCAAUGGGGAAGUGCGGAGCCUGCAAGCAGAGGGCUUCAACAAUCAUGUGCUGUCAGUGCGGAUCAAGGGAGGCUGUUGGGUGCUGUGUGAACACAGUGACUUCCGGGGCCGCCAGUGGCUGGUGGGCAGCUGUGAGAUCACCAACUGGCUGACCUACAGUGGGACCCAGAGAGUGGGUUCUCUGUACCCCAUCAAACAGCGCCGGGCUUAUUUCCGCCUCUGGAAUGCAGCUCUGGGGGGAUUCCUGGCAGUGCCAGACCAUGUGGAGGACAUGAAGGCAGGCCGGGUAGUGGUCUCCGAGCCCCAGGCUGGAGGCAGCUGCAUCUGGUACUAUGAAGACGGGCUUCUGAAGAACCAGAUGGCCCCCACCAUGAGCCUGCAGGUGAUCGGGCCCCCCAGUAUAGGCUCAAAAGUGGUACUGUGGGCUGAGAGCCGCCUGCCCCGACAGACAUGGAGCAUCACUGAGUCAGGCUACAUCUGCAGCCAAAUGUUUGAAGGCCGGAUCCUAGAUGUAAAGGGUGGCCGGGGCUACGAUCGCGACCAUGCCGUGCUGUGGGAGCUAGACAAGGACAGGGUGUCACAGAUCUGGACCGUCCAAGUGCUCUGAAAACACCCCUACUCCUUAGGCCCUGGAGGCUUCCCCUGGGAUGAAAUGUUUUUUUUAGUGUUGCUGUUGUUGUUGUUGUUGUAACAUAAGCUAUUUUCUAAUAU